CACGACGUCACGAGGAGCGACCCCUCUUCGCUGAUACUACAUGGAAGAAUAGCUAUGCCAAUCCGAUGAAACUUUAAACUAGCUAUAAUUCAUAUUGCAAGACGGUUAAGAAACGAUAAUCGCGUUUCAUUAAGUGGCUCAAAUGACUGAAGUUGCUGUGUUGAUGUGAUUCGCGUAUGAAAUGGAUACACGCUGAUGCAAGUUCUCUUGUGGCAACCCCGUAAGAGAAACGUCCAAGAUGGCGUCUGGAUUAGGAAAUAUAGGCGAAACCUAUCUGAACAUCGACCAUGCUAGUAAUUCUCCUCUCCUGUUCGGGGAGGAGGACUACAGUGGUUAUUCUGGGUUCCCCAUGAACGAGAGCAACUUUAACGAAAGCACGGUGUCAUCUGGCGCCGUCAAGCUCCCUCUGCAAGUGAUCAUACCAAUAGCUACUGCCAUGUCGUUCGUAAGCCUUAUCACAUGUAUUGGCAACGCCCUUGUAAUUGUUGCGGUGCGGACGGACAGAAGACUUCGAACUGUAAGCAAUUACUUUAUUCUCAGUCUAGCUGUUGCGGACCUACUCAUUGGAACCCUCGUGAUGCCGCUAAGUAUCAUCUACUUCGUGGAAGGUCAAUGGCUACUUGGACUCAUCGUGUGCCAAACAUGGUUAACCACCGACUACGUCACCUGUACGGCUUCCAUUUUCAAUCUAUUUAUUCUCAGUCUCGAUCGGUACUGGUCCAUUAGCUCGCCGUUGAAAUACAUGAAGAAAAGAACGCCACGCCGUGCUAUGCUCAUGAUAAGUUUGGCGUGGUGUCUUUCUUGCGCAUGGAUCGUACCGGUCUGGGGAUGGCAUUACUUUGAACGGGAUGGAAAACCAAGGGCUGUUCCGUCCAACGAGUGCGACACGGAAUUCCAUGCAAAUAUAAUAUUCAAAGUCCUGACAGCAAUACUUAAUUUUUACAUUCCGCUAAUAUCCAUGCUAUUCGUUUACGGAAAGAUAUUUUAUGAAAUCAAGACAAGAUCAAAGAUGUGUGUAGGGCAGAGGUCGAGUGGAAAUAAGAAGUAUUCGAUCAGACACUCUGCUCACAUGAUUCCGUUACCUGUAGCGGUAGAUGUUUGUCCAAAUACCCCUUCGAAUGAGGAGCCGGAAGAAGUGGAAGAACAAAAUGCUUCAUGGAUACCUGACUUCGAUUCAUUAAGUACGAGUAAAGACACCUCGCAAGAAUAUGCCGACCAGAGCGAGUCGUGUCCGCCAAACAUCGCUGCUAAACGAAUAAAGAAAGGAGAGGUUGAUCAUCAGUUGAAAAAUAUCUCGCAUUUAACAUUGGCAACAAUGGGUCUUGCUGGUAUAGUAGGUCCCAGUAUGAUGGGAGGAGUUCCUCCUGGGCAGCGGAUACUUAAGAGAAAAAGAGCAGAAAAGGAUUCACUUGCCAUAAAGCAAGUAAAAAGAAUUCUACCUGACGAGAAUAACAAACAUAGGAUAGAAACAAAUGUUCCCAUGAUAAAAGAACCGUCUAAUAGUACUUCCAGUGGUCCUGGAGAUAUCCAGACGGAUGGAGAGGUCAUUCAAAUGAAAGAAAUCAAUGGUAAUGUAUCAGAUAAUAAGUCUAUAUUGAGACAAGGAGAAACGUAUUUAUGUCCCGAUCGUGCUCCAAAUGGGACGACAAAAAGGAGGAUAUCAUUUACUGUUGAUUCUGUCGCAUCCAAAGAAGAACUUGAACCAUUGCGUAGAAACUCUUACGAUGAGAGGAAAACUACAAGUCCAAAGUAUAGGGGCGUUAGGUACAACAAAGAGAGUUCAAGUCCUACUCAUCUACUUCCAACUGAUAAUGUCAGCCCGGAUAAUUUAUCUCCUAGUCGAGCAAAACCUAAACCUCAAGUAAAGAACGGUGGAAUCGCGGGUCGAUUUUCAUUUGCAAGAUUUAGUAUUAGACAUGGAAAGACGAGCGAGUUCUUACGGGACCGAAUCCGACGUUUCUCGUUGAACAAAGAAAGAAAAGCUGCUAAGCAAUUGGGUAUUAUUGUCAGUUGUUUCAUCACCUGUUGGCUACCGUACUUCAUAUCAUUCAUGGUUAUUGCUUACUGUCCAAAUUGUGUUGACCCGAAUGUUCACUAUGCUCUGAUAUGGCUGGGCUACUUGAACUCAACCAUGAAUCCCUUUAUAUAUCCACUGUGCAACAGUAACUUUAGGAAAGCCUUCAAGAAAAUUUUUGGCAUCACAUCCUGUAGAUCUUCGACUAAACCCAAACCCCAGACUAGAUCAAUGUACAGAAGACCGAAAAGCAAAUAGCUGCUUGCAAUCUUGUUCAGAUUUUUUUUUCCGCAUUGAAGUGCCAGUAAAAAUAUACAUAGACAUAUAUUUUGCAAGAUGAAUUAAUUAUACUAUUAUGACAUGCAAUUGAAUCGGGUAUAGUCUUGUAUGUAACACACGUAUAUAGGAGUAACAAUAGUUGACACUGAUUCCGACUAGAAAUCCUCAUAAAACGAAUGCCACUAUGAAAGGUAAUAAAGAUGAUAUAAUUAAGAUGCAAAUUAUUGUUUGACAUUUACACAACAAUUUCAAGUAAUUUCUACUGUGAUCAUAUAAUUUACCGUUCCUCAACAUCUGUCAUAAUUUUCCCGCAUGUACUAAAUGUAUUUCAUUUAUCAAUUCGCUCGUGUGCUUUUUUGGUUUUCUUUUUAGUUUAGUACUGUAUAUGUUGCCUAAUGGAAUUCGGUUGACCUGUCGAUUCUGAAGUCUAUUUAUACUUUUAUAGAAUAUUAUUUAUAUAGCCUACAUCUUCACAAUCAUGCAAAUAACAUGUUAUCAAAUUCAAUGUUAAUCAAUUUUGAGAAUGUGUUGGAUUAAUGUCAUGCUAAAUUUUACUUAACCCUACACGAUGAACACGUUGAAUCAAGUUGGAAAAAUCAUUUCAUUGCAAUUUUAAUACAUGGAACGACAGUUUAUUCAACUUCCAAUCAAUUUAUCAGAAUCCUAUUCAACUGACUGAUAUAAUGGCAUCGAGAGGUGCUUUGAAGAAAAUAUCAUUAAUCACUCGAUAUAAAGUUCUCGUAAAAUAUGAUUGCCUUUACCAGUAACUCCAUUAACCGAGCUCAUACAUGAUUUUCCUAGAAAAGACUCCCAAAUAAUCACUAUUAUGCCUAGAUCGUUAAAAAAUAAAUUUGAAUUUUAAAAACGACUUCGAAAAAAAAUAUAUAUACGUUCUUUAGCAAAAUAUGUUCAACAUAACAAAUUAGGAGACCAACAAUUAUCUGAAGUGCCACGUUUCUAACCACAAACAAGACUGAAGUGUCAUUGGACGAUUUUUUUUCAGUGAUUUUCACCCUAAACUUCCUCUUUGUUAAUCAGGGACAGAUAUAUCAGUAUAGCUUACAAAUGCUGUAACUAACGAAUUGCUUCGUGAAAUAGUCCAAAAUAACCAUAAAUCUGAGGUGCUAAAGAUAAAGGCGCAAUGGAAUUGAGGGCAUAAGGGAGACACAACCUCGUCUCCAAACAAAAAGAAUUGACUACGAACAAGACAGACUUUCCUAGUUCCACGAUCCUUUUUGGUGAAUGACGGAAGUAUCAUUGACUGUUAUCAAACAAGGAUGAUUUUUUUCUACUGACCAUUAACAAGAUACCCCUGACCUGUAUGUAGUAUGAAGAGACCUACUAUAACAACAUUGUUAUUUCCGUAAUAUCGUAUAGGAAUUAGUUCAGAUUUGACAGAAAGUGUUCUGGCGCAGUGGGCAGGUUUUCGAAUUUUGAAUCACAGAGUUUUGGGUUAAAAUUCUACCACAGCACUCGCGUUCUCUGGCAUAGUGUUUAUCUACAUUUUCCACUUUCCAGCUGUAGUAAAUAGUUACCUGGUAGGCAAAAGUUCCUUGACAAAUAGAGCGCCUGUUCUAGGUAUGCGUGCUAAGGACGGGAGCCGGUAUAAUGGUAUACAGCUAGCGCUUCUUAUAAAAUAAAAUGCAUUUAACGAGCGCUAAACAGUUAUUGCAUGUCAUUAUCGUUACCAACAAAUCGGACGGCCGGGCAUCUUUCUUAGAUAUGGAUGACUCCGAGACUAAUGAGACGGACGCUCUCGAGAGUUUUCUCUGAUAUGACAAAAUAGGGUGAUAUUCAUCUAUCUACGAAUAAGACGAUGUUUCUUAUCCAAGGACUAACUAAAAAUGAGUGAGAUAUUCAUAGACUCAAUAAUUUUCAAAGAAAUAUAUGAGAUUUAUUGCAAAUGAGACAAAUGUUCUUGAUCUCAAAAUGACUGUUGUCCAAGCUAGCCCAUCUGUGAUGAAAUGACACACUUUAUAGGAUUCAAAACUACCAAGAAACUCGAGUGCCAUAUCACGGACUUAAAUGUGACAUAACUCAUUUUCAUGUCACACAAAGAUAUUCCGCAUGUCAUGUGACAAGUAAUAAAAAAACUAAUCUGUUAUUUCACAUAUUUAGGUGCGAAUGUGUCAUUUAAGGUUACCUGGGAGACGUAAGUCCCCGACCCGAAAACACCUGUGGGUGGGACGGAUAUAUCCAUGGUUUCUGAACCCAAGUAUUUUAUCUGUCUUCACAAAAGCACUGACUCUGAGACAGGAUAAGACUGACUACGAACGAGACGGAUGUUCCCGGGUUUUUUUUCUUCAGAUUUUACCAAGACUUAUUAUUUUAAUCACGACUGAUUACAAAUGAGACCAACGUUUGCUAUCCGAUAAUUUUUUUGAGAUAUGACAAGAGUACAAUUAAGUCAAAGACAGGACUACCAAAUACAUCGACGUCCCUUACCCCCAACUUUUUGUCUAUUGACGGAUGUGAGUCUGACUGCUGACGAGACAAACGUCCCCACUUCAUACAAUUUCACGAUCGAUUUGACAGGAGCAUUAAUGGGACUGACUUCUAUUGGGACGGACGUUCCUUGGCUCCAUGACAAUUACAUGAAGACGUGUGAAUACUAUAAUAGCAACUUUGACGCUGUUCGUAUCACCAUGAACCUAUUACAACAUAUUUUGUUUAAUGCAGAACAAUCACGAGGCCGAUACCAAUAAGACUGACACACCUGGGGCUGUGAUUCUUUUUAACCCAUAAGCUAAUUGUGACCGACGCUCUGUACAUAUCUCUUCAACAUGUUCAACAGACUUUUACGGAACAAAGCUGAUGGCAAUAUUAUGUCAGACCGGGUUGCUGUUGGUGUCGAUCAUUUUACCAUUCGUAAGACCUGACUUUGAACAUGUUACUCUAUACUAAGGUUUUAACACUUAUUAAGGUUUUAACAUGGUAAUAAAUAAGUCAGACGGCUGACGCUACAUGACACAACGAGGAGAGAAGGUAAACGUAUCAUUGAUUGAAAAAAAAACAUAAUUAUGUCGAUAAUCAGUCUUUUUCCAAUCACAAUAUACAUGAUAUAGUAUCAGGCAUCUUAAGACUGUUUUUGAACGACUUCCAAACUGUUAUAUUACCAUAUUCCACUAAAACUAAACUUCUUACACACAAAUGUUUGUAUUUUUAAUAAAAUAAACUUUGGGCAAUGUCAAAGACACAGCACAAAGUUGUACUUCUCAUGGAAUGUUAUGAUGACAAUGUUGCUAACCGUAAUGACAAGUCCACUUGUACAUGGAGUAAAAGAACAAUGUAAAUGGAAGGGCAAGGACCAUUAAUGCUGCCUUUAAAAUGAUAUUGCAAUUUGGGAGCACUUAAACAUUAUACGAGAUACUAGACGGAUAAGAUUUGUCUGUUUUUUAGAUUAUUUUCCUGACUUUUAGACGACCAGUUCCCAUUCGACGACAAUAAAAUGACCAAACGCUGAUUUUUGGUGAUAUGAAAAUCGAUGCGGACAAACUGAACAAUAUAGAUUCUGCUGCAUUAACAUGGUUAAGCUUUCAGAUUCACGACGGUCGAGAAUGGAGCCUAUAUAAGACAUGUGAGAGAUGAAGGGUGAUCAAAGUUAAACAGGUUAAAAUAUACAUAGACCACGUAAACCUAAUGCAGAGUUUCUAUGUACGAGGAACGAUUACUUCAUAAAGACUGAUCCAUAUGUAUACAUUUGUUUCAACUAAACUAUCGCCAAUCAGAGUAACUGGACGACGACGAGACAUACCAUGCUUAUCGAACAAGUUUGCUUUGUCGUGAUGUGUAUGUUAACAUUAAAACAUUUGAGGAUGCCUUUAUCCUCCUUAGACACGUUAGAAGACCCUAACAUGACUUCGCGCCCAAAUUUAUAGUCUAUCAUUUGAUAGCUGUUUGCUGUAUGGGAUUGUACCCUUUGACAUUCAUUCCAUAUUAAUCCCACUACGUGGCCGUUAACUUGUUUGCAUGAUAAGUAAACUAAUCACCUUUGAUGUAGGCGAGGACUUUCCGCCAAUCUUCUACACAUUAUUCAUAGCUAAUUUCAUCUCUAAUGAGUUCAUGUAUACAAACUUUUAUUUUGUCUCGACAAACGGGAAGAUGGGUACCUGCGGCUCGUACAAUUAUAUUAGAAGAAAUAUUGAUAAAAUAUCUGUCAAGAACUGACAUUAUAAGAACAAAGUAUAUUGGAAUAACCAAUUAACAAUAGCAUGAAUAACAGAAAUAAUUAAUUGGGAAAUCUAACCUGACCUACAUGUAGACAUAAACAACAAAAAAAGCGGAAAGCAGGGCAAACAUCCAUUAUUCGACUGACUUUCGCUACGUCACUUUUUCCUCAGAAAAUAGCAGUUGUAUCCAUGACCAGUAAACAACACUACAAUGUUGAUGGACUAUACUGUAUUGUAAUUAAUAUACAUUAAAAUACGGUAUAAUACUUUCGGAUACAAUCACGUAGUCUUCACUGGUUCUACGACUGACGAUACAACUUUAGUACGAAAUUUAAUGGAGACUCUCGCAAAAUGACCACUAGAAAGUCCAUCGAGAAGCUACAAGACGCUAGAAUUAAACUAGAGGAAGAUUCUUUUAUAAUAUGACCACCGACAUAAUUAUGACCCGAUACAUACACAAAAAUUACAAUGAAAUGUGACGAGACGAUGCUACAAUGACUUAAAGUUUGACUGAAGUAUUACCAGCCAACGAACCAACGGCUUUUGAGUCAGAUACCUAGUUGGGGUCAACAUGACCGGUGCCCCUUAUACAUGUUAUAGGGCAUCGAUUAAGUUGAUAUCAGCCAAUGUAGUUGUUUUCGUUGUUGAAUGAUAUAUCAAAUAGUAUACAGACAUGUCUGGCACAAUGUUUAUUAUAUCAAAAAGACAUCUCCAAAACUAUAACGAGACGAAGUGACGAUUAAAUAUAUCCCAAUGAGAAAAAUUACAACGAGCCCACCUAAAUCGCAUGUGAAGGAGGCUUGGAAAUACAUUGGGUUCGGCGACAAGUCAGAGACGUUAUGUCAACUAAAAAUAAAUCAUUGGACACAGUAAUACAAAAAAUCUUGACAAGUUGACCCAAAAGGACGCGGGUCUGUAUUCAGACCUCCAGAACGCCCCCCCCCAAAAAAAAAAAAAAAAAAAAAAAAAAAAAAAUCAAAUUUCCCAAAAGUCUGCAGUUGGGAUUGAAGUUGACCAUGGACAUACGAAGAAAGACUUUACCUGAGUUCCAGACUACCCCUGAUGAGACCAUGGAUCGCAAAACUGGACAGAAUAUCCUUCGAUUGAUUUUCGGCCAAAAAUAAUCGCCCAUUACACAUGUCAUACAUAACGGUUUAAUUCAUCCUUUGAAAAUCAAGACUCCUCACCCCAUGUUACUUCCAUGUAGUUUAGUUUUAAAACUCCAAACGAACCAUUUGUUCUACGUAUAUUAGGGGAUGCUCUACUCACCAUCAAUGCCAAGACAUUGAAACCUACUAAAUGAAUGGAGACCAUGCAUCACCACCACCACCACCAAAUAACCAACAGCAACAACUAUUAAUACUACAGUUCCUAAUUUUCAUAACUACUACUACCUCUAAUUGUACUUCUACUACGAGUAGUACUACUACCACUAAUUUUACUAUUACUACUACUACUACUACUACUACUAUAUUACUACUACUACUGCUGCUACUACUACUACUACUACUACCGCUGCUACUACUACUACCACCACUACUACUACUAAUAUUACUACUAGUACUACUACAACGACGAAAAAGACUGAUAACAACAUUACUAAUAAUUUAACUGCACUUCUACAACGACUACUACUAUUAUUACUACUAGAACUACUACAACUUUUACUACUACUGCUAACACUAGAACAAAUCCUAGUUCUACUUCUACCACUACCACUGCUACUUCAACUUAUCCUACUACUAUUUCACUAUUGUUACUACUACUACUACUACUACCGCUAAUGCUGCUAUUAUUAUUAUUACUGCAACUACUACCGACUGCAUGUACUAUUACGACAACGACGAUUGCCAUAUUUUGCUGCCCCCAAUCCAUAUGAGGUAAAUGGGUACUUCUUUGAAUGAACCCAAUUUGAAACUUGAGUAUUUAUUAAAGUGCAUAUCGGAAUACAUAUACAAAUGUAUAUCAUUACUACUACUCCUAUACUACUACUACUACUACUACUACUACUACUACUACUACUACUAUUACUACUAUACUACUUCUACUACUAAUGCUACUACUACUCCGAUGACUACCAUUACUACUUCUACUACUACUAUUACUACUGUCUCUACUCCUACUUCUACGCCUGCUACUACUUAUAAUACUACUACUACUACUACAACUUCUACUACUAUCACUGUACUAAUGUUUCUACUGCCGUGACAACUUCUACUACUACUUAUGUUAACAACGCCUUACUAAAAACUAAAUUCCAUAAAAGACAAAGCUCCCUUUAUUUUGAAAUAGUGCAAAAACCCAAGAACGUUGAAAAUAUAAGCCGCAAUAUAUGCCUACCACAAGCAUGCCCUUUUUAAUGUACGAUGUCUUCGGGUUAAAUUUUCCAAGUCUUGUGAUUGUCCCCGUCAAUCUUUUGUUUACCUUUUUCAUCACCUUGGCAACCAUUAUGUUCGGACCAUCACCAACAUCAUGAACAUUCAUUCAAUUUGGGGACUGCAUAAUAAUGUUCUAUUGAUGUUUACAUGCAGAAGGUUGUUUCUUAAAACACUCAAUUAUAGAUAAUGUCAACAUGCUUCCCGCAUUGUCACAAAUGAAGAAAAUAUUCAAUACAUCAAAUCAGAAGAUACUGUUUAAUUCGACGCUUUUUGUUGUUCUUCCGAAGCUAUUUGUUUCCUUUGAUUUUUAAUUGUUUGGUUCUUACGUUUUGAUAAAUAGAACUAUUACCUCUCUCCAUCUCCAUGAACUUUUUUUUAAAGUAAUUUAUCACUUUGCAUCUAUCUUUUUUUUUUCAUUUUAUCUAGAACGAUCAUUCUCGUCCUAUGUCUGGCAAUUCUUGUUGUAAUAAAUUUUACGUGAUUCGCCAAUACAAAUUGGAAUAAUAAUGAAAACGGCUGCUGCGUUCUAUAUACAUGGGUUUCCGGUUGUUAAAAAUAGAAGACAACCGCUUAAAUCCUUUUCUAGAGCAUAAAUAUGCUUCCCAUUCUGAGUAAACCAUAUUUACUUUGUACUUACCAAGUGUGUUUUUGUGCAUUAAACUCCUUGCCACCGCCCCGAGAUAGACUAGUGGUUGACAUUUAUUAACCAUGAGUAUGUGAGAGUAUGAAGUGCUCGACUCUUACAAAGUUAGCAUACAUUUGGUCAAUAUAUGGUUUUAUUCAAAUAUGUCUCAGUGCUCGAGAGCGAGCAGUAUCCAUUUUCGAGGAUAAUCUCAAAAUAUUUGUUGAGUAAAGUGGAUACCAUGAGUAGGAGACGGAAACAGAAAGUCAUAUAUUGCGUGUUAUCCCUACUUUGUAUCAUCAAAUUUACAUGACCGGCGAUCCAUAAGUUUGUGUUUGUCUUUAAUUUAUUGCGUCUGUAUUAUUUUGUAUGAUAUAGAAAGAUGUUUGUGAUGUGUUUCAUUUGAACGUGUUUAUCAUAACGAAAUGGCAUGCAAAUAUGAAAAAUAAAAGACUAAAGAAGAUACGUUUUAUAUUAAA